CCUUCCCGCUCCUUGAAAUAGCCUGUCCUGUCUCGGGCCCAGUAAACGAGCCACAGCUACUUUUUAAAUUUAUUUUUGGUAAGAGGAAAGUUUUUAAUGUGAUAAAACGGAUUAUGCAAGAAUCAGAAAAGCCACAGGACAGAAGUAGGAAGCUUUAAUGCCUGAAAAUUGUCACCUCUUGGUGAUAUCUCCACCCUUCUCCUCUAACUUCUCUUGUGUGGACUCAGACCGUUUCUACGAUCACACAGUUUGGACCUGGCCAGAAUCCGUUAAUAAUUUGUUUUGCCCUUUGGAUGAUCAGAGCCUCCAGCUCCUUCAGUCUGCUUCUGACUUUAAUGUCCAGUGGAGCAAAAACUGUCACCCGCUUCACUUCACUCCCUCUGGGCGCCUGCACAGCACACUGCAAAACGCAACUGCAUUCCUCACCUUUGAAAAUCCUGAUGCUGGUGACACAGGGAACUACACUUGCACACUCUACUUGAAUGGUCAAAGAAACGCCUCCUUCACUGUCCAUCUGAACAUGGCAGAUCUCUGCAAUGUGCUUCCCCAGUUCCUCAGCCCCUCCAGCAAUCUGACUUUGGAACGAGCUUUGGGAAGCCAUUUAUCCCUAAACUGCACUGUGCAAUUGCCCUUCAGUACAAACUGUGAUCUUGACGUGCACUGGAAGAAAGAUGACCAAUGGUUAGGCAAUGCCAGCCAUGCUUCUUCUACUCAAUGGUUCAAUGACAAGGCCACUGAGAUAUUUGUCUCCAGCACUUUGGAGAUGAAUGUGACUGCUGAUGAAAGCUAUGGAGUUUUUGCCUGUUUGGUUGGGAAUAGCACUGCAGUUUUCACACUGCAAAAACCAGCAGAGUCUGCUGGGCACCUGGGCGCUGUCCUUGCUGCAUUUGCCGUUGUGACACUAAUGCUGUUCAUGGGAGCCAUGUAUGUCAGAUGCCGUCUGAGUGUGCUGCUCUGGUACCGGAACCGUUAUGGAGAACUGGAAAUCAAUGAUGGAAAGCUCUAUGAUGCCUACGUGUCUUAUGCUAACUCGACAGAUGACAGGAAAUUUGUGAAUUUCAUAGUGAAACCACAGUUAGAGAAUCGCCAUGGCUACAAGCUCUUCUUAGAUGAUAAAGAUAUUCUGCCAAACUCAGAGCCCUCUGCAGAUUUAAUCAUGAAUGUCAGUCGAUGCCGACGCCUCAUUGUGGUUCUCUCUAAUGCCUACCUGGAGCAGGAAUGGUGCAACAAUAAUUUCAGAGAAGGUCUUUGGAGGCUGAUGGAACUGUCCCAGAGACCAAUCUUCAUUGUCUUCGAGAGCCAGUACCGGGAAAUAACACAUCCAGCCCUACAUUUGCUGAAAGAACAUAAGAGUGCUAUCACUUUGCUGACCUGGCGUGCUGGCUCCAUGAUGCCUUCGUCUGAUUUCUGGAAGGAACUGUGCCUUGCCCUACCACGGAAAAUCUCCUAUCAAAGCCUCAGAGGAGAUCCCCAAACCUACCUCCAGGAGGACAAGGACCCCAUGCUGAUCCUCAACAGCAACUACCUGGAUUUCCGGGGGGACUCCCAUUCCGAAGGAGAUGCUGGUGGCCGAGGGCCCAUUUUCAAAGGUCCACCACCACCCCGUAUAAUUGGCGCUGAUGGUCCACCACUUGGCACAAAGGAAGAAGUGCAGCUUGGGGACAGCCAGAGGAGUGAGAUCGACAUCUCUGAUUUAGGAUCUCGGAACUAUGGAGCAAGGACAGACUUCUACUGUCUGGUGACAGAAGAUAUAUAAAAAGUUUUGGGGUUGUUCCUGUGAAACUGACUGUUUUGAUGGGCACAAUCUACUUGCCUAGUUUCUGUAACCCAAAAUAAUUGGUUGGGAUUGUCCUGAGCCUGAUACUUGUGAACCUGUUUGUCAGUGGUUUAGAGAUGAAGGGGUGGAGGGAGUCCUAUCCAGAUUUUCAGAUGACACAAAACCAGAAGGGAGGGACUAACACGUUGCAGAGGAACCAAUUUCAGCAUUCCUUUGAUAGAAUGGAGACAGGUUCUGUAUUUGGACAAAUAUAUAUAUAUAUAUUUUGAACGUGCGGAUAGGGGGAUACUAGGCUUGGCCACAGUACAUUUAAAAAGGAUCUCAAGGGUGCAUUCAGUCAUAAGUGGAAUAUGAGUCAAUGAUGUGAUGCAACUGCAGUAAACAGCCAGUGCAAUCUUUCCAAGCCAUGAAAAGCAAUUUUUCCUCCUCAUUUCAUGUAGAACUUACUGGAGUACUUUGUUCAGUUUGGAUGCCCACAUGUUGAGAAAGUGGUAGCCAAGUCAGAACUGGUUCAACAAAGAUCGCCAGUGAAAUAGAAAACAACUUCUGUGCAGAAAGGCUAAAGAAACUGAGCAUGCUUGGUUUACUGUAGAAGAAACUAAGGAUGGACAUGGUAGCUCUCCUCAGAUAUCUGAAGGGCUGUCAUAAAGAUGAGGGCAAAGAUAUUUUAUUCCUCAGGACAAAAUCUAACAAGAGGGUAGAUUAUAAUUCAGCCUUAGAAUGAACAUCUUCAUGAUAAGAGCAGUUCACCAAUAAAGCAAACUACUUAAAGGGAAUGGGUGGGCUCAUAGUCUCUGGAGGUCUUCAGGUAGAAUUUACACGAUCCUUUGUUCAAGAAAGUCUAGUUCUAAAUUUCCUCCAUCAUAUAACAGGUGGGACUACAUGCCCUACAAAACCCCUCCAUCCAAAUCUCUAAAUCUCUAUCCAUUCAGCACUGGGAUUAUUACAGGUUAUUUCUGUCAAUAUGAGAGGACGUCUGGCUGCUGUGCAGACGUAGAGGGCUUUCUAGUUUUAGAGGAUGAGUUUGCACUAGCCCACCAUGCUGGGACUUACCUUAGCAAUAAAUUUCAUGGCCUUCUCAGUUAAUUCUAUCAUUUUCUGAUAUGCCCUAUUGUUUCAAAAAUGGGUAGUUAGUAUUGAGGUGACCAGAACUCCAGAGGGAAAUUAGAAAUAAUGAAGAGGCCCAAUUUUUACAGGAAAAAUAAUAUCAAGCAUCAUCCAUGUAAUGGAGGCAAUAUGUUGCAUAGGACUUAACUGGGAGGUACAUGUGAUUUCUAAAUGGAAAAGAAAAAUUGAAAGUUAUUUUGUUUAGGCAUAGUUGUCUUACAAUUGAAUGUAACCACGUUUCAUAGGAAAUAAGGAAUACGUGUUCACUUGGAACUGCUUUGUUGAAGCUUAUUUGGGAAGUAUGGCCUUCAUAUU